AUGGGGCGCAUAUCAGGAGUGAUGGACGACCGAGGCAAGUUCAUAUUCAUCUCUCCAGACGAGAUGAAGGCUGUAGCCAGCUACAUCCGCGCAUCGGGGCGAGUGAGCAUUGCGGAUCUAGCAGCGCGGUCCAACGAGCUCAUAGAUUUGGACGCCAAGGGGGACGAGGAGGAGAAUGGCGCUAUUGGGGAUGCGGGGGGUGGAGGAGGGGCAGGAGGGAUAUCAUGGGAGGAUAUUGUGGUUGAGGAGGCGGUGGGGGCGGAAGGGGGAGGGGUUGGGGUGGAGCUGGGUCAAGAGCAGGUGGCUGUGGGUGCUGCGUGA